AUGGCAUCCCCGUUUCACAUCUCUCGACAUGACCAGGUCGAGCUAGAGCGCAAUGAAGCCUUCCGAGUAAUGCGCGAACAGCUCCGUCGCCAGGAAUGCGGCAUGGAACGACCAAGCUUCUGCGCCAGUCAUCGACACUCUUGUACUGCCAGCGAACAAGAAACCUUCCGCCUCCACCGCGAUAUCAUCCACACUCUCCUCGUCCCCCUUUUCCUUAUCAACCACCAAGCCGAACGAAUCGCAGCCCGCACCCUCCCGAGCCAGAAAGGCGCCGAGCCCGAACGCGCAUUCCGCGGCGAAGCCCGCAGCGCCUUCGCCUGGCUGAAUUGCAUUCUGACCGAAGAACACGAUUGGUAUCUCACAGCCCGCUGUCCAGCCUGCAUCGUCCAGCACGUGCUACACUCAGAGCCGACCAUCCGAUUCGUUACAGUCGCCGCGCAGCUUGCAGGCGCCCGUUCCGGCUUCCAAUGCUGGCUGAAUGCCCUCGAGACAGCAGUCUGUGAAGACCCCUUUUGGGGCGAUGCCUUCUGGCCAGAUAUCGAGGAGCGCGCAUCCCGUCUCACGGAAGGCGUACAGCAGCUCGUGCGACAAUGCUACGAGCUCAGUGCAACUCUCGACAAUCCCGCUCGGGUAAACCCAUCGCUCGCAAAGAACCCCCCUGUCUACGGUAGUCGCUCCGCUUCCUGUACAAUCCCCCUGAAACCUUCUAGUUUCGCGCGGAAACAGGUCCGCUUGACCCGAGAAGAGCAGAGAUAUCGCUCCUCCUUUUUGUGGAAUUGCUCGGAGAUGAAGCCGCUGGCCGGUUGUACGACUGCCACUCAGUCUCGGCGCCGGUCGCUGACUUCGUGA